GGGAGAAGGCACGAUGGAGAACGCACACAGCCAGACCGCCGAAGAAGUUCUGCGGCGUUUCGGGGUGCGGGAGAGUUGCGGGCUCAGCGCCGAGGAGGUCCGACGGCAGCGGGAGAAGUAUGGCGCCAACGAACUUCCAGCUGAAGAAGGAAAAUCACUUCUGGAGCUAAUACUGGAGCAGUUUGAAGAUCUCCUAGUACGCAUCCUUCUCUUGGCUGCUUUUGUUUCCUUUAUCCUGGCCUGGUUUGAGGAAGGAGAUGAAACCACCACAGCCUUUGUGGAGCCUGUUGUGAUCAUUAUGAUCCUCAUAGCUAAUGCAGUGGUAGGAGUCUGGCAGGAGAGGAAUGCUGAGAGUGCAAUUGAGGCACUAAAAGAAUAUGAACCAGAAAUGGGAAAGGUGAUCAGAGCAGACAGGAAUGGAGUACAGCGGAUCCGAGCUCGAGACAUUGUCCCAGGAGAUAUUGUGGAGGUAGCAGUUGGUGACAAAGUGCCCGCUGACAUCCGAAUCAUUGAGGUCAAGUCCACAACACUGAGGGUAGAUCAAUCCAUUCUUACAGGCGAAUCUAUCUCUGUCAUUAAACAUACUGAUCCAAUUCCAGACCCAAGGGCUGUUAACCAAGAUAAAAAGAACAUGCUUUUUUCUGGAACCAACAUCGCUGCGGGCAAAGCUGUUGGUGUUGUUAUUGCCACUGGAGUGUACACAGAGAUUGGGAAAAUCAGGAAUCAGAUGGUGGCCACGGAGCCCGAGAAGACCCCUCUGCAACAGAAGCUGGAUGAAUUCAGCCAGCAGCUUUCCAAGGUCAUCUCCCUUGUCUGUAUUGCAGUCUGGGUCAUCAACAUCAGCCACUUCAGCGACCCCGUGCAUGGCGGCUCCUGGUUUCGUGGUGCCAUUUACUAUUUCAAGAUUGCCGUGGCUUUGGCAGUGGCUGCCAUCCCUGAAGGACUUCCUGCAGUUAUCACCACUUGCCUGGCAUUGGGCACCCGCCGGAUGGCCAAGAAGAAUGCCAUUGUAAGGAGCCUCCCCUCUGUGGAAACCCUGGGAUGCACUUCAGUCAUUUGCUCUGACAAGACAGGCACCCUGACAACCAACCAGAUGUCCGUCUGCAGGAUGUUCAUUGUGGAGAAGACUGAGGACAGUCACUGCAGCUUGCACGAGUUCACUAUCACUGGAUCCACCUACACCCCUGAGGGACAAAUCUUAAAGAAUGAUCACCCUGUUAAUUGUGGAGAAUUUGAUGGCCUAGUCGAACUUGCAACCAUUUGUGCCCUUUGCAAUGAUUCCUCGCUGGAUUAUAAUGAGUCCAAGAAAGUUUAUGAAAAAGUGGGCGAAGCAACAGAAACAGCCUUGAUCUGCCUUGUAGAGAAGAUGAAUGUUUUCAAUACAGACACCAGCAGUUUUUCCAAAGUAGAAAGAGCCAAUGCCUGCAAUACAGUAAUCAAAAAGCUGAUGAAGAAGGAAUGCACCCUUGAAUUUUCCCGUGACCGCAAGUCCAUGUCUGUGUAUUGCACACCUGUGGCCUCCAGUCACAAUUCCUCGAGCGGCAAGCUCUUUGUCAAGGGCGCUCCAGAAAGUGUCAUUGAGCGCUGCACUUACGUUCGUGUUGGCAGAAACCAAGUCCCUUUGACUUCUUCCAUCAAAGAGAAGAUCCUGUCCAGGAUCCGGGAAUGGGGUACCGGCAUCGACACUUUACGCUGUCUCGCCUUGGCCACAAGAGACCAUCCACCUCGGAAAGAGGACAUGCAUCUAGAUGACUCCAGCCAGUUCAUUAACUAUGAAACUAAGUUGACCUUUGUUGGCUGCGUGGGAAUGCUGGACCCUCCUCGGAAGGAAGUGGUGUCAUCUAUCGAAAUGUGCAAGAAAGCGGGUAUCCGUGUCAUCAUGAUCACUGGAGACAACAAAGGGACAGCCGUGGCUAUCUGCCGGAGGAUUGGGAUCUUCUCAGAGAGUGAGAAGGUGGCCGACAAAGCAUACACAGGCCGAGAAUUUGACGAUCUCUCACCAGACGCCCAAAGCAAUGCCUGCCGUUCAGCUCGAUGCUUUGCCCGGGUAGAGCCUGCCCAUAAGUCCAAGAUAGUUGAAUACUUACAGUCAUUUAAUGAAAUCACAGCGAUGGUGAGUUCAGAUUAUCCCUCUUCAUCCUUUGAUGGUCCAGACUUACUUAGAGGUAUUGGAAGAUAGCAUGGCAAUGUAGAUAUAAAAAGUGCAAUAGAGAGGUCAGUUGUGGAAAGCAGCUUUUCAGGACUCCUUGUUAUUUUUGUUGCUGAAGGCCAUAAAAUAUAUAUAUUUGUACGAUAUUCCAUUUUCAGCAUCUUCUUGACGGCCAUCCUGGGCCUUCCUGAAGCUUUGAUCCCAGUCCAGUUGCUUUGGGUGAAUUUGGUGACUGAUGGACUGCCGGCUACAGCCCUUGGCUUUAACCCUCCUGACCUUGACAUCAUGGAUAAAUUGCCCCGGAAUCCUAGGGAACCUCUCAUUAGUGGAUGGUUAUUCUUCCGCUACCUUGCAAUUGGAGUUUAUGUUGGGUUUGCAACUGUAGGUGCAGCUACUUGGUGGUUCUUGUACGAUGCUGAAGGACCUCAAGUUACUUUUCACCAACUGAGGAACUUCAUGAGAUGCACAGAAGACAACCCCAUCUUCGAAGGCAUUGAUUGUGAAAUCUUCGAAUCCCGUUAUCCAACCACCAUGGCACUCUCUGUGCUGGUGACAAUUGAGAUGUGCAACGCACUCAACAGUGUGUCUGAAAACCAGUCGCUGCUCAGGAUGCCUCCCUGGCUGAACAUCUGGCUCCUGGGAGCCAUUGUCAUAUCUAUGGCUCUGCAUUUCCUGAUUCUGUAUGUGAAGCCAUUGCCUCUGAUCUUUCAGGUGAUCCCACUUAGCUGGCCUCAAUGGGGAAAAGUGCUGCAAAUCUCUUUGCCGGUUAUCGUGCUGGAUGAAGGCUUGAAGUAUCUCUCCCGUAAUCAUUUAGAUGGCAAAGAAAGCAAGAAAUGACCAGCACAAAAGAAACUCCGCUUCUCCGCAAAAUGAAUCGUAAACUCUUACCUGGGACUGAAGAAAUUGCAUGCUUGAACAUUUCCAAAAGACAUCAAGGAAUAUGCAUGUUUUUGAAGUCUCGGACUUAAUGCGGGUGAAUUGUCAAAAGAAA